CCAAUUCAAUUCAUCCAAAGCUUGUAAUUUUACCAUCUCUAUAACCUAAAAAAUGGCAGUAAUAACUUCUCCAAUAUCUAUCUUCUCCUUCCUAGCAAUCCUCACCUUGGCCCAAGCCCAAUCUGAGCUUAUUUUCACUGUAGUCAACAACUGCCCAUUCACUAUCUGGCCCGCACUCUUACCAAACCAUGGCUUCCCCGUCUUAGAAAAAGGCGGGUUCCCCCUCUCAAGCUUAACUCAUCGCUCUUUCCCUGUCCCAAACACCCACUGGGCCGGUCGUAUCUGGGCCCGAACCGGCUGUACCUACACCAACGGCCGGUUCAGCUGCGCCUCCGGAGACUGCGGAGGCCGUCUGGAGUGUAACGGCCUGGGCGGGCAGAUCCCCGCAACAUUAGCUCAGUUCAGCAUUCACCACGGCAACAGAGAUCACUCUGCUUAUGGAGUGAGUCUUGUUGACGGGUUCAACCUGCCCAUGACAAUCACCCCCCACGAGGGCAAAGGAGUUUGCCCCGUGGUGGGCUGCAAGGCGGACUUGUUACGAACUUGCCCUGAGCCACUAAAGUUUAGAGGUCCGCAUGGUAAUGGGCCGGUUGUCGGGUGCAAGAGUGGGUGUGCGGCUUUUAAUACAGAUGAACUUUGCUGUAGGAACCAUUUUAAUAGCCCGAAAACUUGUCACGGGUCAAGCUAUUCAGAGUUCUUUAAGCAUUCUUGUCCUGCUACUUUUACUUAUGCUCAUGAUACUCCUUCGCUUAUGCAUGAUUGUGUUGCUCCUCGUGAGCUUAAGGUUAUUUUCUGUCAUUAGGAAUAUAAUAACUAAGCUCUUUUUUUUAAAAAAAAAAUUAAUUUAGCUUUCUCUAUCUCGUGUGUUUUGGGUUUGAUUAAAUGGCUAUGAAUGUUGUGAAAUUGGUGUGAAAAAUGUAAUGAAAAGAGCUGUUUUAGUAGGUUUUGAGUCAAAUUUCAAAUGUUAAUCCAUUUUUUAGGUUUAAACCUUCUACUUCCUCCAUUUUACAA